GUUCUGAUUUUCUUUGCAGCAGCAGUGGCUCCCGUUUCUCCCCCUAGCCCUGGUCACUACCAUGUCCUCUACCGAGGGUGUGGAGAAACGCAGUUGGGCUGGCAUGGGGAGACAUACUGCCUGGUUGGUGGCUACCGGGCCUACGGGGAUGUUCCUUUGGCCACGCCAGCAAAGGUGGAAGCAGAGAAGCCAGUCCCCAGACGUGCUCCCAAGAGAAAGCACGCUCCAGAAGAGUCGGACGAAGACCUGGGUUGCCCCAGACCCAAAAUCCGGCGAUUGGAGCAUUCAAGCAGCUUCGGACUAGAAGCAGUGGCUCCCGUUUCUCUUCCUAUACCUGGUCACUACCGUGUCCUCAACCGAGGGUGUGGAGAAACGCAGUUGGGCUGGCAUGGGGAGACAUACUGCCUGGUUGGUGGCUACCGGGCCUACGGGGAUGUUCCUUUGGCCACGCCAGAAAAGGUGGAAGCAGAGAAGCCAGUCCCCAGACGUGCUCCCUAGAGAAAGUGCCCUCCGGAAGAGUCGG